AUGUCUGGUGUGGUACAGGUAGAGGUGGAGAUGGUGGUAGAGGUAGAGGUAGAGGAGGUCGUGGUAGAGGAGGUAGUGGUAAAGGAGGAGGUAGAAGUGGAGGUAAAGAUGGAGGUGGAGGAGAUGGAGGUAGAGGAGGUAGAGAUGGCGGUAGAGGAGGUAGUGGUAAUGAUGGAGGUGGAGGAGGUAGAGGUAGAGGAGGUAGAAGUGGCGGUAGAGGUAGAGAAGGUAGUGGUAGAGGAGGAGUACAUUCCUCUACUCUCCUCCACCACUCUCUUCAACUCUCCUCAUCUCACUACUCCUCUCUCCAGUUCUCAGAACGUCUUCCUCAUGGUGUCUGUAGGAGUGGCUGUGGGAGCAGCGGUGUGUGUCAUCAUAGUAUCAGUGUGUGUCAUCAUAGCUGUCAUCAUAGUACGCAGGAGGAGAGACAAGAAUCAAGUGCCAACUGAUAACAGCAUUGGUCUGAAUGCAGUAAACCACUCCACCCCACCAACCAAUGAGGACAAGAGUCAACCUGCUGACAGAAUCACCUAUGCCUCCAUUGACCACUUCAAUCAAAAUCCUCCUCAGAGAGUUGAUGCCCAAGGUGAAGAUGCAGUGAUGUAUGCCUCAGUUAUGCCUUCUUCAGGCAGAGGGAGAGAGACAGCGAACCCUGCUGACCCCAGCUCCCUCUACUCCACUGUCAACUAACCUCAGGGAGUCAAGACAUAAGGAGAGACAGAGAACCCUGCUGACCCCAGCUCCCUCUACUCCACUGUCAACUAACCUCAGGGAGUCAAGACAUAAGGAGAGACAGUGAACCCUGCUGACCCCAGCUCCCUCUACUCCACUGUCAACUAACCUCAGGGAGUCAAGACAUAAGGAGAGACAGUGAACCCUGCUGACCCCAGCUCCCUCUACUCCACUGUCAACUAACCUCAGGGAGCCAAGACAUAAGGAGAGACAGUGAACCCUGCUGACCCCAGCUCCCUCUACUCCACUGUCAACUAACCUCAGGGAGCCAAGACAUAAGGAGAGACAGUGAACCCUGCUGACCCCAGCUCCCUCUACUCCACUGUCAACUAACCUCAGGGAGCCAAGACAUAAGGAGAGACAGUGAACCCUGCUGACCCCAGCUCCCUCUACUCCACUGUCAACUAACCUCAGGGAGCCAAGACAUAAGGAGAGACAGUGAACCCUGCUGACUCCAGCUCCCUCUACUCCACUGUCAACUAACCUCAGGGAGCCAAGACAUCAACAUGAAGACUACACUCACUCAUUCACACCCUCAUUCCAGACCUGAUUUGGUUCUAGGAAGAGAGAUGUUUGUGCUAUUACAAGGGACAAUCUGCACUAGUUACAUCCAUUUCUGGACGUAUUAAUUAAUAAUAUGCACCCAUUGAUUCUUAAACUGUCAUAACCCAUCAGAACCCAAAAUAUAUGCUUGUUUUA